UUCUCUCGCCAUUGCAUUCAUCGACGCACGAUUAAUACGGACGGCGGGUUGCUGCUAUGGUUGCUGACGGCCUCCGACAACUGGUGCCUGUUGCCGUGCACAUGUGGUUGGGGGCAAGCUUAAGGAAACCAGAAAAUAACUGGUUAGAAACGGUCUGAACAACCCGCCCCGGCUUCACCCGUUGUUUCCCAUCGAUGCCCGUCAUGUUGCCUUCCACUUCGCACCUUCCAUCGUUAUCAUCUGACCAAACCCAACAUCUCCUGGUCUAGCCAUCUCAUACGCAUUAUCACUCAACCGCACCGCACUACUCAUCCCAACAAAUACGCAACCAUGUCUCUUAGCAACAAGCUCGGCAUCCAGGACGUUGAUAUCAAGGACAAACGUGUCCUUAUUCGCGUUGACUUCAACGUGCCUUUCGCAGACGGCAAAAUCUCCAACAACCAGCGUAUCGUCGCCGCAAUCCCCACGAUCAAGUAUGCUUUGGAGAAGGGUGCUAAGAGCGUCGUCCUCAUGAGCCAUCUUGGGCGCCCCGACGGCAAGGUCGUUCCAAAGUACUCUCUGAAGCCAGUUGCUGCCGAAGUUGAAAAGCAGCUGGGCACAAAAGUUACCUUCCUGGACGAUUGCGUCGGCGAAAAGGUCGAGCAGCACUGCGCAAAGGCCUCGAACGGAGAAGUCAUCCUAUUGGAGAACUUGCGGUUCCACAUUGAGGAGGAGGGAUCCGUCAAGGACAAGGAGGGCAAUAAGAUAAAGGCACCUAAGGAGGAUGUCGACAAGUUCCGCGCAUCGCUCUCCAAGCUGGGAGACGUGUAUGUCAACGAUGCCUUCGGUACCGCCCACCGCGCACACAGCUCCAUGGUCGGCGUAAACCUUCCCAUCAAGGCCGCGGGUUUCCUCAUGAAGAAGGAGCUCGACUUCUUCGCCAAGGCCUUGGAGUCCCCUGAGAGCCCCUUCGUCGCCAUCCUCGGUGGAGCCAAGGUGUCUGACAAGAUCCAGCUCAUUGACAACCUGCUGGACAAGGUCAACGCGUGCAUCAUCUGCGGAGGAAUGGCCUUCACCUUCCUCAAGACACUGGAAGGUGUUGAGAUUGGAAACUCCCUGUUCGACGAGGAGGGUUCCAAGAUCGUACAGAAGCUUGUUGACAAAGCAAAGGCCAAGAAUGUAAAGUUCUACCUCCCCGUCGACUUUGUCAUCGCCGACAAGUUCGACGCCAACGCCAACGUCGGUUAUGCCACCAAGCAAGAAGGCAUUCCAAAGGGAUGGCUCGGUCUCGACUCGGGAAAGAAGACCAACGAGGAAUCCAAGCAAGCCCUCGCGGAUGCCAAGACCAUCCUCUGGAACGGUCCCGCCGGAGUGUUCGAGUUUGAGAAGUUUGCGGAAGGCACAAACAGUCUACUGGAAGCGUGCGCUGCCGCUACCAAGCGAGGUGCCACGACGAUCGUUGGUGGAGGUGACACCGCCACCGCCGUCGCCAAGGCCAACAGGGAAGCCGACUUUUCCCACGUGAGCACUGGCGGAGGUGCCAGUCUUGAGUUGCUCGAAGGCAAGGAGCUCCCUGGUGUCGUUGCUCUCUCUUCCAAGUCCAAGUAGCAGGUGGUAGCUCCGAAAUUGUAGUCUAGCAACACCACAUUUCGUAUCAUUAGGCUCCUGGCAGUAUAAUGUUCAGCUGAUGCAUUCACACCGAUUUCAUUCGCCAGAAAUUUCCAUCUCUGAAUA